UUCGACUGCGAGCUUCGCUCGAGCGCCGCAAGGGGGCCCGGCGUCGCCGUGCGCUCCGUUCGUCUGCUUCAGGUGUUGGCGUACUCUGUGCGACGCGUGUGCCGUUUUCUUUUGAGCGUCGCGUUAUCGCUACCUGUUCGCGUGAACGAGUUUCUUGUUUGUGUUUUCUGUGCCCGGGUUUUUAUCGUCGCGGGAAGAAGACCCGCACCGAGACCAUCUAGCGACGACGGGUGGCGGCCUGCACCUGCGACGAGGUCCGCGCCUGUCCCCACCCAACAUUCAUCAUGAAUAUAUUCAAGAACAGGAGCCGCAAGAAAGAAAAAGGCCCCGUGGAGGUGGUGGCGGUGACACUGUACGACGCCUUCGACGGCCAACAGCAACAGCAGACUCCCUCGGCCCAGAAGAGCGCCAGUGCGCCCGCCACUCCUCAGGGAGGUGGUGCCGGCGGACACGCCGCGUCGCAGCAGCAGCAAGUGCUCCGGGACAAGCCGUCGGCACUGGUCCGAGGCAACGGGCUGAGCGCGCCCACGCAGUCAGCACCCUGCACUCCGCCGGCCACCACGGCGUCCAAUCAGGCGACCACGUCGGCCGACAUGACGCAGCUCAAGGAGCCCAAGGACUUUGAGAGGUUCCUUGAAGAGGCCAGGAAGUCCUUCGAACAAAAAUGGACCAAUCCUAGUUCGAACACAGCCUCCCUGGAUGACUUUGACCGGAUCAAGACGCUAGGGACUGGCUCCUUUGGGCGAGUGAUGCUUGUUCAGCACAAACAGCACAAGGACUAUUAUGCCAUGAAAAUUCUAGACAAACAAAAGGUAGUAAAGCUAAAACAAGUAGAACACACCCUAAAUGAAAAACGGAUAUUACAAGCCGUCGAGUUCCCGUUCUUGGUCAAGCUAGCAUACCACUUCAAGGACAACUCAAACUUGUACAUGGUACUGGAGUAUGUGCUUGGAGGCGAGAUGUUCUCACAUCUAAGAAAAAGUGGGAGAUUCUCAGAGCCACACGCGCGGUUUUACGGCGCCCAGAUAGUGCUGGCAUUCCAGUACCUGCACUCGCUAGACCUCAUCUACCGGGACUUGAAGCCCGAAAACCUGCUGAUUGACCACACAGGAUAUAUCAAGGUUACAGAUUUUGGCUUCGCCAAGCGAGUCCGUGGACGGACCUGGACCUUGUGUGGCACACCUGAAUACUUGGCACCAGAGAUCAUUCUUAGCAAGGGCUACAACAAAGCUGUCGACUGGUGGGCACUUGGUGUCCUGGUGUACGAGAUGGCGGCUGGCUACCCACCUUUCUUUGCUGACCAGCCAAUCCAGAUAUACGAAAAGAUUGUCUCUGGCAAGGUUCGCUUCCCGUCACAUUUCACGUCCGACCUGAAGGACCUGCUGAGGAACCUUCUGCAGGUUGACUUGACAAAGCGCUUUGGCAACCUCAAGAAUGGUGUCAACGACAUCAAGAACCAUCGGUGGUUUGCAACAACAGACUGGAUUGCCAUCUACAAGAAAGAGGUCGAGGCCCCGUUUGUGCCGAAAUGCAAGGGACCCGGUGACACGAGCAACUUCGACGAGUAUGAAGAGGAAGCCCUGCGCAUAUCGUCGACGGAAAAGUGUGCCAGGGAGUUUGCCGAGUUCUAGGCCGAGUGGCGCACGGGAGAGAAAGGACCGGGGAGCCGACGACUAGGGGAGGCGCUCCUUCACGUUAUUUUGUCCCUGGCAGUGAGAAGCACCUGCGCUGCCUCCCGCGGGCGAGGGGAGGAGAGAGCAGACAGGCACAAAGGCUAUGAUGAUGUCCACAGCGCCUACUUGCGCAGGUUUUUCUCUCUGAUAAACUGGCGCUGGGCCAAUCUUCGGCAGCCACGACCCGUGUGUGUUCCCUGGAUGUCAGCGCUGCUUGCUUCAUUCCCCCUCACAACCCCACAGUCUCCUCUGCCCCGUUGGCUCUCCAGGCAUGCGUGUCAGUUUGUGUCCUCUUGGGUACACCCUCUUUUUCGGUUUCUCAUCAUUAUCUCUCGCUGUCUUGCCCCGCAUGCGGCUCCUGGCAUAAAGGGCUAGCAACAUUGUCUAGCUGAUGCGGGAGGCACAACCAUUGCGGGGCGUUGGAAACCCACUCUGGGCAAUUGCUGGGAGACCAUUUCUCAUCGUGGAACAAAGCGACGUUAUUGUGCAGAGCUAGCAGAGGUCUCCACGUGCAAAAGCUGCCCGCUUUAGCUCUCCUGCUUCCAGCAGAGAGCUAGUCGGGGCUGUGCAGGCUGCCUAUUGGCUCGGGGUUCCUGCCACUCCCUCUAUGAGUGGCCGCUGAGAAACUUUGUUUCUGCUGUGGAACAGGGUUCUCCGAGGCUUCCUGACCAUGCACACGUUGGAAGAAAAUGGUUCCCAGCAUUUCUCACGCCACCGACCCCAGCCGUUUACGCUGUGCUGCCUUUGGCACUCUCUCCACUUGUAUAGCGAGAACCCACUACCAUUGCUGCGUUUCUUUCUCUCCUAGGCAUUACCAUAGCGGCGAAUAAAGCGUAUUUUGGCAGAUAUGAAAAAGUACAGGAGCGUGCCCAUCCUCCGGGGCCCGGCACUUGCAUGUUAACAGCGACUAUACUGUUUCUAGGCAGCCACUGAGCUUCUGAGAGGCAAAUGAGAAAUUAAAAAAAGUGAUACAAAAGAGGUUUCGGCAUGUCUGUAUGUGUGCGUGCAAGCGUCUGUAGUCUCUUGUGGCGGCAUUUUAUUUCUAUCUUGUUGUUUUGUCUCUGUGCACAAAGUGAGUUUGGCAAUGCCACACAUACUCUAAAACUCCGGCUGCGACGCCUGCAGCUUUGGAGAGGCUUCAUCAUAGGCUAGCGCAUAUCCGGCAGGAGCAAUCAUGUCAUCGCGUCCUUUGUCAGCCUACACACUGGUAGAGCUUGGAACGGUGGCUUCAGAUGCGAAAUUGUGUUCUCUCCCGACCACACCGUUGCUUUCCUGGUUUGUUGCACUGGUGCACAUGCUCUUUUGGCACAUGUCUUGUUUUGCUGUUCCAAUGCUUUUUCAUUGGGUGCAUAGAACCCAUUGGUGACCACCACACCUGUUUUCCUUGGUACACUGCCAAGUCACAGGCCCCUGCACUGCAGUACAAGAGCAUAUUACGAGGUUAGACAAUUUUUUCGUUUGCUCUUGGCAGGUCCUCUAGCAUCCUUGAAAGAGAGCUUUUUUUUUUCUGCUGGGCUUUCUUAUUGGAUAUAAUGCCUGCCAAAUUGUAGCACGUGUGGAGUGUUGGUGAGAUGCUUGCGCAAGCGUGUGCCAGCCAACCUGCCGAGAAGUUGAAGUAACAAAAAGUUUGGCUGGGCCGGAUGUCAUGAACGCAGUGCAGAUUAUGACUGGUUGCUGUAAUGUCUGUCUCAGAAUGAACAAGUUUCGAGGAUUGGAGCCGAAUAUAUGUGGGUGUGCCAUUCAUUGUCCCGGUGUUUUAUUUUGUCCCCAUAGCCAGCACACACAUUUGCAACGGCAUCACUGGCAACCCCACCUACCAGCUUCGGUGUAGCGCUGCCUGUUCUUCCAUGUUGGUUGGUUCAUUUAUGCCUCAGUCCCUGCUACUGCGAAGCCAGUGCUUGGCCAGGGCUGCUUUGGAUCUUUUCCGCGUAGCUCGGAAGCUUGUCUCGGUUUUUACCACCCCGUUGAUGGCCACGCCUGUAAAUACAGGGAUGUAUCUGUUUGGUAUAUGCAAUACUAACUACACAGGCUUUCCUCUGGACCUAAACACAAUUCUCCCAGUGUUCCUUCCUCAGCGUGUUCUUGGGUUGUUUCAUGCAAGGUAGGACUGACUAGCUUUUUUGGUCUCACGGGGUUGUGCUGUUUCUCUUUUGAAGCCCCCAUAUUAAUCAGCACGCCAAAUGCACAUGCCCAGGCCUUUUUGUGUGUGAGGCCAGUUUAAAGAAUGAUGGCGCCGUUAGAUAUGUGUUUGUUUACCGAAACGCCAGAAGUAUGUAUAAGGAAGUGGUAAACCUUUAUUGUGUAAGAAUACCGUGGGCCGUGCUUGCUGGGCUUUUCUUUUUCAUACCCUUUUGUAGGUCUUUGAACGUCUCUUGUGGCUGUUGCGUGUCAUGCCUGUCCCUCUGCAUACUCACUUGGAGAGAAGGGGAAAAAUGCAAGGUGUUAAUCCUUUUGUCUGCAGGUCAUCUGUUUUUCGUGUAACCCGAUUGAAGACCUCUUCAAUUUUACGUCAUCUGUGGUUUACAGAUUUGCAAUUACGGUUUUCUCCUCCGUUUCAGUUCCUUGUUCCCAGCAGUUGUUCACCAAAUUAUAAUUCUUCGUUGAUUAGACUUCUUGUUGCACUGGUAUUGCUCUUAUGUUGCUCAAGAACCAUAUCUGCAAUACUUCACUGCAGCUCGUUUACGAUAUUUUCCUACGUGCUUGGUUCUACAUGUUAUGUAGAUGAGUUCUACUAGACUUCACACUUGCACAUAUCUUUUCAUGGCGUCAUAGAGCUAACACUAAGUCGGUUAAGACGCAGGCAGAGAAUUAUUCUUGCAUUAUAAUAUUUUUUUAAAGUCCAGGUGGGAACGUUUCUCCUGAAACAUUAUCAGUUUUUAGUGCUGCACAUGUUGCCAUUGCCAAGUACGUUUUUACUUUUCCUUGACAAAAUGAAUUACAAGACUCUUGGCUAACAUUCUUUUUCCUCUUCUUUUGAGGAUGAUGUAGGAAACCAGUAUUUUGAUGAUGUAGGAAACCAGACAUUGAUCACAAGCUCCAUGGUGUUUCGCACUGGAUUGUACUGUUGUUUCCAAAAGUUAACGGAGUGCAGGCAUGGCAAAAGAGCAGAUUUUUUUACAUAGUAUGGAGUUGCCUAAAAGUGCAUUUUGUGUUGGUAGCAAAUGUUAAUGUGGGCUGCAACUCGUAGUCUUAGGAUGCAUGCCGUGCGAAAAGUCAAGUCUCGCACCCUGUAAACUUUUGAUGCCAACAGUGCAUUGCUGGACUUCCGGGCGUUUGUUUGAAUGUUGGUGUAUCAAACAGGGAAGAUGCAAUUCAGGAGCCUGGAGUAUUUGAAUGGUUACUAACCUCCUGCUUUUAGUUGUUUUGAAGUAUUUUAAUUGGGAACUGCAUCACUGUGCUGAGCCAAUUCAACAGACAGAGAGGGUGAAACUAUGUGCUUGAGUUCUGUUUGUUUUCUCGUGACGUUGCUUCAUCUUAGGUCAUCUCGUCUCAUAAAUGUGUUGUCCUUGCUUUUCCUGUCAUCCCCCUCUGGUUCCAAUGUGAUUGUGUCCCACACUUGCAAGAAUUUAGCAAAAGUUUUGUUUUUGAUGUUUGCCUCAAGGUGUCUUUUUAUCUAGUCCAGCUCACAGAUUGAUAUAUAUAUUAUACAAACAUACACACACAUACACACACAUGAAAAUACUGAGGAUAUCGCAGAGAGAGCAGUUCAAAGAUUACUAAGAAGCCUAAAUGUCUUUUCUUUUUUUUUCCCCCCUCGAUUUUUGGUUGUUUCUUUCUUUACCACCCCCAUACCUGUGUCAUGACCUCUGCUCUCCCGGAUCCUAGUUCUGCGAACCCCCAUGCUGUCAUUCGUUGCUUGCAAAUUUUUAGCCUUGUAUAUUUGUUAACUUGUGGUUGGAGCUGUUCUUGUAUUAAAAGUUGUUAUACUAAAUA